GGUACCGUACAUACAAGUCGUUCUUCUCUGAUGGUCAAGCUGUUGAGAAACUGCUUCUUUUGUAUCUCUUCUUCCUCGCGGAACUCAGACGCCAUGGCUCGACGACCCUUCAUCUUGUGGCUUCACGGGUUAGGAGACUCUGGACCCGCCAACGAAAACAUCAAGACAGUUUUCAAGUCCCCGGAGCUGAGUGACGCUAAGUGGCUCUUCCCUUCUGCUCCAUACAAUCCCGUUACCUGCAACCAGGGUCGGGUGAUGCCUUCUUGGUUUGAUGUCCCUGAGCUUCCUUUUAGAGCGGGAUCUCGAAUUGAUGAAACCAGCAUUCUUGAAGCUGUUAAGAAGGUCCAUGCGAUUAUAGACCAGGAGAUUGCUAGAGGAACGAGACCAGAAAAUGUGUUUAUCUGUGGAAUAAGCCAAGGAGGUGCUUUAACAUUGGCUAGUGUUCUUCUUUAUCCAAAAACACUUGGAGGAGGAGCUGUCCUUAGCGGUUGGGUUCCAUUAACUUCUUCAAUGAUCAAUCAGUUUCCAGAAGAAGCUAAAAAGACACCGAUCUUGUGGUCUCAUGGGACUGAUGACGAGCUUGUGCUCUUUGAAGCUGGUCAAGCUGCUCUUCCUUUUCUUGAAAAA